AUGACUGCACUUGUGCUUACAAACUCUAUUUCUUUACCGUCGACGUUGCUCUUCACGGGUGCGGCAAAUGUCUUGACUGGUAUCGCCUUCGGAAUCCCUCUACCAGUCCAACCUAUGAAAGCUGUCGCGGCAGUUGCCAUCGCACGCAAGUUCACCUUGGAAGAGAAUGCUGCAGCUGGGCUUGUUGUUGCGGCACUAGUAGGACUCUUCAGCGUAACAGGAUUGAUCGAGUGGGCAAAUCGCGUUACGCCUGUUCCAGUUGUCAAGGGCACUCAAGUCGGAGCCGGGCUUUCGCUUUGUUUGAGUGCUGGGUCAAAGAUGCUUCUGCCGCUGACGUGGACGGGGCCCUGGUGGGGCGACAACCUACUUUGGGCCAUCGCGGCUGCUCUGCUACUGUUGUGCACGUUCGCCUUCCCUCGCAUGCCAUACGCUUUGAUUGUAUUCACAGUGGGCAUCAUCUUAUCCUUUGCAUCGCCAUCCACUGCUCAUGACCCAGUGCUACAUGAUGCUAUUCCUGUGCUUCAUCCUUCUGGAAGCGACUUCCUCAAAGCAACGACAACAGCAUCUCUAGGCCAACUCCCGCUCACAUUGCUCAACUCGGUCAUCGCAGCCUCAGCGUUGGCCUCUGAUCUUCUUCCCUCUCCGCCCCACCCAACUGCCCCGACAGUUACCGAUCUUGGUAUCUCGGUUGCCGCUAUCAACUUGGUAGGCUGCUGGUUUGGAGCCAUGCCUGCCUGUCAUGGUUCAGGCGGACUUGCAGGCCAAUACCGAUUUGGUGCUCGCAGCGGGUCCAGUAUCAUCUUCUUGGGAUCCAUCAAGUUCCUACUUGGCCUCAUGGCAUUCUGGAACUCCUCCGCUAUCGUCGAUGUGUUGGGAAACAUUCCAAAGUCACUCCUCGGUGUUCUCGUUCUCGCUGCAGGUAUCGAACUCGCCAAAGUAGGCGAGAGUAUUAAUACUGAUGCUCGCGACCUGCGUGUCCUGGAUAGAGAACAUGCUUGGGAUGGGAAGAGAGUGAAGGAGUUGGAUGAAAGACAGAAGAGGGAGCGAUGGAUGGUCAUGCUGGUUACUGUUGCCGUGAUUCUCACGUUCAAGAAUGAUGGAGUAGGCUUCAUUGCGGGAUUGGUCUGGCACUGGGGCUAUGAAGCUGCGGGGCGCAUCGAGGAGUGGAGAGACGAACGGGCUGAGAGGUCGACGUGGAGGACUGCGGUACAUGGUAGAGAAGAGACAGCUGGGUUGUUGGCGCACGAGGAAAGUGAUACCCUUGCUUGA